AUGGGUUGUUCAUCAUCGAAAAAAAAAUUAACAAAAGCUGAUCUAGCAUUUCUUGAAGAAAAUACAGAAUUUACAAGAGAACAAAUAACGGAAUGGUAUGAAGGUUUUAUUCUCGAUUGUCCCACUGGUGAAUUAACAAAGAAAAAAUUUAUACAAGUUUAUCGUCAAUUUUUUCCUAAUGGACAAGCUGAAGCAUUUUGUACACAUAUAUUUCGUACAUUUGACGCAGAUAAUUCUGGUAAAAUUGAUUUCAAAGAAUUUUUGAUGGCAAUUAAUAUAACAGGUAAAUUAUUAUUUGAUAUUUUUAGAAUUUUUUAUUUAAAUGAAUAUCAAAACUAUUUAGCAAAAGGAAAUCCUGAAAAGAAAUUAAAAUGGGCUUUUAAAAUGUACGAUAUUGAUUCAAAUGGUAGUGUUGAUCGACAAGAAAUGCUUAGAAUUAUUGAAUCAAUUUAUGAUUUACUCGGUGCUGGUGUUGUAAAAAAUGCAUCGAAUGGUGCCGUUGCAGGUCGUGAUCCUAAUGAUACACCGGAAAGUCGAACAGCACAAAUAUUUGCAAUUAUGGAUGAAGAUAAUAAUGGAGUGAUUACAGAAGAAGAAUUUAUUCGUGGUUGUAUGGCUGAUCGAGUUUUAUAUCAAAUGUUAACUGCCGAUACGAGUGAUCCAGAACGAUAA